AUGGAUACCAAUGCACGCCGAGCAAGCGGUGGGAGUGCUGCUUCCGUAGAUGCGGCUCCAGUAGCUGCUGCUCCCCCAGAGGAUGACCGCGACGCAGUGAUUGAGCGCAUUUUAAAAGCUACUGAUCCUGUUGUCAUGUCCACACCAGUGUACUUUGACUACAGAAAGGAUGCCCGCACUUAUCGCUUCUUUCCGAGUGUUGGCCAAACUGCCAGGCACUUUUCCGUUGAUGGCGGCUCCGUACUGAAGGAUGAUCCCGAAGCGAUACAACAACGUGAGGACCGGCAACGCCGUGAGCACGACACAGAGCUCGCUGCCCGUGCGGAGUUGAAUCCGGACCUGGUCGAUAAGGGUGUUUCUACGAGUAUUUUGAAGAAUCAGUUUAACUACAGCGAUCGUGGGAGUCAAACAAUGAAUAAUGCGAUGGUGGAGCGAUGCGUGCUGACUGACCCGCCGCCGUCAGCAACCUUCAGUGCUAUGGCAACGGCGUGGGAGAUAUACGAUGCCUACGAGGAGGAUCGGAUCCAGACCGAAAAGUCUGCUGCGGCGGUUCAGAAAAAGACCACUAGUCAUCGCCCAACUAAGGAAGAUAAACUCAGCAGCACUGCCGAUGAAUCAGGUGGUGCUAAGACAGCUGAAGAGGUGCUCAGUUCGGCUGCGUACAAGCACUCCCUCAAGAUCAUCGAGCGCAUGGUGAAUCAGAAUGACUGCCAUGAUAUUAUUGAAGACUUCAAGUACUGGGAAGAUGAGAGUGACCUUUACAAGGAGGAUGGUAACCUACUGCCCUUAUGGCAAUUCUUCACCAACAAGGUGAAACAUCGUGCGGUAACCAGCAUUGCCCUUAACAAUCGUUACAAGGACCUGUUCGCUGUAGGCUUUGGUAGCUACGACUUCCAGCGACAAGGAAAAGGUGCGAUUCAUUGUUUCACGCUGAAGAACACGGUUCCCACUGUCCCCAAUUCUCCACUUCCUGCUCAUCCAGAGAUGUCCUUCACUGUUUCAAGUGGUGUUAUGUGCCUGUCGUUUCACCCAGUGGAGACAUCUUUGCUUGCCUGUGGGCUCUAUGACGGGUCGGUCUGCGUAUUUGACUUGCGCAUGCAUGAUAAACCAAAGGAGGAAGCCAAACAGAUUUGUCAGGCAACCGUAAGAUCGGGGAAACACACUGAACCGGUAUGGGAAGUGCAGUGGUGUCGCAGCACUGUAGACCUUCGCUUCUAUUCCAUCAGUACAGACGGCCGCAUCACCAGUUGGUCACUGCAGAAGAAAGAAUUGAUUUUCAAGGAUGUAAUGAAAACAACAACGGGCGCAUGUGUCUUCGAUCCUGAAUCACUGGUACUUAGUCGCCUUAGUGGAACCUGCUUUGACUUCUCCAAUGCGUACGAAAACCUUUUUAUUGUGGGUACGCAGGAGGGCGCUCUGAUGCUCUGCAGCAAAGGGUACAAUGGUCAGUGCCUAGAGAGAUAUGAGGGUCACACCAUGCCCGUGUACACUGCACGCUGGAAUCCGUUCCAUCCCGAUGUCUUCCUCACGUGUUCUGCCGAUUGGACCGUGAAAUUGUGGUUGAGGAGUUCGACAAAACCGCUGUUAACAUUUGAUGCGGGUGAUUCUGUUGGUGACGUCGCGUGGGCGCCGUAUAGUUCUACUGUCUUUUCGGCUGUAACGUCCAACGGUAAAGUGAUGGUCUUUGACUUAAAUAAGAAUAAGCGCGAGCCACUUUGCUCUCAAACGGUUGUAAAGAAUGCCAAACUCACCCAUGUUGUCUUCCACAAGCAAGAUCCGGUUGUGCUGGUAGGAGAUUCACGUGGCUCAGUACUUAUUCUUAAAUUGUCCCCCAACCUCCGUACUCUGUGUAAACCGAAGAAAGGUGAACCAGAGGACCCGCAGCAUAUGCGCCAGAUGGAGGUAGACAAACUGAACCGCCUAAUAGAUAUCACCUUGAAGGAUAGAAUUCUCCUGGGGCAGGCGUGA